AAGAAACAGAAGAAGAAGAAACGUUGUCAACUGCCAUAAAACCUGCCGAAGAAGAGAAAAAAAACGUAAUUUCCGAUGGCGGGAAACUGUGGCGAUAACACACAGCAAAUAAAAUAGCAUAGUUGUACAAUGCCCCGCAUUCUAAACGGUAUUGUGGCGGUGUGUCCGGACCUGGGUAUCGGGAAAAAUGGAAAUUUACCCUGGCAUCCUGUUAGACUCAAUAACGAAUUCAAGCAUUUCCGAAAGAUGACAGCUACUCCAUCUGUGAAAGGCAAGCAGAAUGUUGUGAUCAUGGGCAGGAAGACGUGGUUUUCCAUCCCAGAGAAGAACAGACCUCUGAAUAAUAGGAUCAACAUUGUCCUCAGCAGGGAGCGCAAAGUGCCCCUUGCAGGAGCACACCACCUAGCGACAGACUUCAGCUCAGCUCUCAGGCUGGUUGACACGGAGCUGGCAGAUCAGGCUGACCAGGUCUGGGUUAUAGGAGGCAGCUCUCUCUACAAGGAGUUGAUGGAGACCCCCGGGACCAGGAGACUGUUCGUCACACGAAUCCUGAAGCAGUUUGAGUGUGACACAUUCCUCCCUGAAAUCAGUCCAGACAAAUAUCGUCUGCUGCCAGAGUUUCCAGGAGUGCUACAAGAGCUGCAGGAGGAGAAUGGUAUCCAGUACAGAUUUGAAGUCUAUGAGAGCAUCGAGCAUUGAAGAGGGAUUUUAAAAAAAAAUCACCAAAAAUCCAGCAUUUACAUUAUUUUGGUGCCCAUUUACAAAAUCACAAGGAUUUUUUUCCCCCCAAGUGAUUUGUACAGAUGGGGGUUGUCAUACUACGUUGUUUUUUUGUUUUUUUUCAGAGUUGAAAUUAACACUGGUUUCAGACACAAAGAUUCCUACUGUAAAAUUAUUUACAGGUGGGGGUCUGACAUUCUACAGCAAGACCAGUUGAAUAGGUUAGUUUCUGUCUCCUCAGAGAAACCUCUGCUGUGGUUCUUUCUGGUGUGAACACGAAGUGGACAAAACGCACACUUAUGAGGAACAGAUAUGUUACUCUAGUUAUGGAAUCAAAAGCUAACAAUUUUAGCAAAUCUUUGUUCUGAUUAUGGCUUCCAUUUCACCCGUCAUGUUUCGCUACAUGAUGCUUUGUCUCUCUGUCAGUUAUUUGUAGUGGAUAAACUCUAUUACAGUUACAAUUAAUGCACAUAUCCAGGUAGUUAUUUGUGACCACCAGGCAUGAUGAAUAAAACCUUUUCAGUGCA